CGUCAGUGUCCGAGAGCACUUCCCCUCAGACAGCGCUGCUGACAGCCCGGCUCAAGCCUUCUUCUCUAAUUGGCGUUUUGGCAUCUCCUCAGAGCGCAGCUUAGUGCUUUUGCUGCUAAGCUCCUUUUCCUCCUCCCUUUCAGGCAGCUUGGUUCCAAGCUCCGCUCCUGCGUGUUUUCUCCGACCAGCAGCUCGUGGCAGCAGGGCCUGGUGUCUGUUCAGCUGGCGGUCGUUCUCUCGCCGUGUUUUCUGCACCUUCCUGCUCCUAGCUGGCUACAGUGCCUUUGCCGAAGCGUUGCUCAUGCUGGAGUCGCCUCACCGCCUGACGCGUUCCGGGAUGGCAGCUAGGUGACGACGGUCGAGGAUGACCCUGACUGAAAAGCUGCGCGAGAGGAUAUCGCGGGCCUUCUACAGCCAUGGACUGCUGUGUGCUUCCUACCCCAUCCCCAUCAUCCUCUUCACUGCGCUCUGUAUCCUGGCCUGCUGUUACCCGCUGCUUAAGCUGCCGUUACCUGGAACGGGACCUGUGGAGUACAGCACCCCCGUGAAGGAUUACUUCCCACCUUCUCCAGAGCCAGGCGUCCAGCAGGGAGAUCUCGGUGAACGUCCCGACUGGUAUGUUGGUGCUCCAGUGGCCUACAUCCAGCAGAUCUUUGUGAAAGCUACCGUCUCCCCGUGGCAGAAGAACUUCCUUGCUGUGGAUGUAUUUCGUUCACCGCUGUCCCGUGUCUUCCAGCUAGUGGAGGAGAUCAGAAACCAUGCCCUGAGAGACAGUUCUGGUGUCAAAAGCUUGGAGGAAGUUUGCCUUCAGGUGACCGAUCUUCUGCCGGGCCUCAAGAAGCUGCGGAAUCUGCUCCCCGAACAUGGCUGUCUGUUACUGUCUCCAGGGAACUUUUGGCAGAACGACCGAGAGCGUUUUAAUGCUGACCCAGAUAUCAUCAAAACUAUUAAUCAGCAUGAACCAAAGACACUGCAAACAUCAGCUACUCUCAAAGAUCUGUUGUUUGGACUGCCUGGAAAGUACAGUGGGGUGAACCUUUAUAAUAGGAAGCGAGUGGUAUCAUACACUGUCACACUGGGUCUCCAGCGUUAUGAUUCUAGGUUCCUCAGCAGCCUCCGUUCUCGCCUCAAGCUGCUGCAUCCCAGUCCUAACUGCACGCUGCGAGAGGAGAACAUCAUUCACGUGCACUUCAAGGAAGAGAUUGGCAUUGCUGAGCUGAUCCCCCUUGUCACCACCUAUAUUAUACUCUUCGCUUACAUCUACUUCUCCACACGGAAGAUUGACAUGGUGAAGUCGAAAUGGGGCUUGGCGCUGGCAGCGGUCGUGACAGUGCUCAGCUCUCUGCUUAUGUCAGUUGGCCUGUGCACGCUCUUUGGCUUGACGCCUACUCUUAAUGGAGGGGAGAUAUUUCCAUACUUGGUUGUAGUGAUUGGCCUAGAGAAUGUGUUGGUUCUCACCAAGUCUGUUGUCUCGACGCCCGUUGACCUGGAAGUGAAGCUACGCAUUGCCCAAGGCUUGAGUAAUGAGAGCUGGUCGAUUAUGAAGAACAUGGCCACGGAGCUUGGGAUCAUCUUGAUCGGCUAUUUCACCCUUGUCCCAGCCAUCCAGGAGUUCUGCCUCUUUGCUGUGGUUGGCCUGGUGUCUGACUUCUUUCUGCAGAUGUUUUUCUUCACUACUGUGCUGUCCAUCGACAUUCGCCGUAUGGAGCUCGCUGAUCUGAACAAACGGUUGCCAGCAGAAGCCUGCAUGCCCCCCGCGAAGCCCGUCAGCCGCUCUCAGCGCUACGAACGCCAGCCAGCUAUGCGGCCUGCCACCCCCCACACCAUCACCCUGCAGCCGUCGUCGUUCCGGAAUUUGCGCCUGCCCAAGCGGCUGCGGGUGAUCUACUUCUUUGCCAGGACCCGCUUGGCCCAGAGACUCAUCAUGGCCGGGACAGUGAUCUGGAUUGGAAUCCUGGUUUACACGGAUCCUGCUGGUCUCCGCACCUACCUCACGUCACAGGUCACUGAACAGAGUCCUUUGGGUGAAGCAGGUCUGCCUCCUAUGCCUGUGCCUGGAGGGGUCCUGCCUGCUGGGGACCCCAAGAUUGAUCUCUCGGUCUUCCCAUCGGACCCUGUACAGCUGUCGGAAAACCAGACACAGCAGCGUGAGCAGAAGCCGGGGCUGGAGUCGCUGAGCAGGCUGGAGACAAACCAGCACACGUGGGCCCAAGGACCAGAGGGGAAAGGGAAUGGACAGCCGGAGCUUGGAGCUGAAGCAGAGGUUACCUGGGGAGCAGAGGAUGAGGAGAUUUGGAGGAAGCUCUCCUUUCGACACUGGCCAUCCCUCUUCAGCUAUUACAAUAUCACUCUGGCCAAAAGAUACAUCAGCAUCCUUCCAGCAAUCCCUGUCACGCUGUAUCUGAAUCCACAAGAGGCCUUAGAAAUGCGGCAUCCCCAGGAGGCUAACCGCUACCACCCUUUCUUAUCUGCAAGCCAAGGGAAGCUGGAUGCUGAAGCUCAGCCUGACCGAGCCUCCCCCAAGCUGCAAGGGCACCGGGAUGUCACCCUCUACAAGGUGGCUGCCCUGGGUCUGGCCUCCGGCAUUAUCCUGGUCCUGCUGCUCUUCUGCCUGUACCGGGUGUUCUGCCCCAAGAACUAUGGGCAGAACGGGCUCUCCCACAGCAGGCGGAAGAGGGGGGACCUGCCCUGUGACGAUUACGGCUACUCCCCGCCUGAGACCGAGAUCGUCCCCUUGGUUCUCAGGGGUCACCUCAUGGACAUUGAAUGUCUCGCUAGUGAUGGGAUGCUGCUUGUCAGCUGCUGCCUGGUGGGCCAGAUCCGUGUGUGGGACGCUCAGACUGGAGACUGUCUCACUGUUAUUCCCAAACCAAGGUUGCGAAGAGACAGCAGUGGCAUUUUUGAUUACCAGGAAAGCUGGGACCAGAGUCCGGAUGGCAAGAAUGGUCUGGAUGACUCUUUUGAGAACAGCCACCAGCUCAAGAGGAUGCUCAGCCCUCCCCAGCCUCCACUUUUCUGCGACCAGCCCGACCUCACAUCUCUCAUUGACACAAACUUCUCUGAGCAGGUGAAGGUGGCAGAGUCGGAGACGCGACUCCGUGCUGUGGGCAGUCGCCAGAAAGAGACUGGCUACGAUUUCAGCAGCCUGGUUAAUAAGGUGUAUGAAGAGCACAGCACAUCCAACUGCAGGAACUUUGGCCUUGCAGCCCCGCAUGGCCAGGCUGGGUUCUGCGUGGGGACCGGGAGUCCCCGAUCCCUGAGCUGCGGGAAUGAGGAGGGAGGCUGCAGCAGCCGCAGAAAGAGCCUGGGGGAUGAGACUUUUACCGGAUUUGACAAGUCCUCCCCCAUUUCUUCCUGGGGAGGAGACUUCGAAAGCUCCGUGUGGAGCCUGGACCUGCAGGGGAACCUCAUUGUGGCUGGCCGGAGUAACGGGAAGUUGGAGGUUUGGGAUGCUAUCGAGGGGACCCUCCGCAGCAGUAACGAUGAAGGUCAAUCUGGCAUCACAGCGCUUGUGUUCCUGAACAACAGGAUUGUUGCUGCCCGGCUGAACGGCUCUUUGGAUUUCUUCUCGCUGGAAACGCACACGUCCUUGAACCACCUGCAGUUCCGAGGAGCCCCGAGCAGGAGCAGCAUCUCCUCCUCCCCUGUGUUCAGCAGCAGCGACGUCGUCCUGUGUCAGCUCACCCACACCGUGUCCUGCGCUCACCAGAAGCCGAUCACCGCGCUGAAGGCUGCAGCUGGGCGGCUGGUCACGGGGAGCCAGGACCACACGCUGCGAGUGUUUCGGCUGGAAGACUCGUGCUGUUUGUUCACGCUGCAGGGUCACUCAGGAGCAAUCACAGCGGUGUACAUCGAUCAGACGAUGGUGCUAGCGAGCGGCGGCCAGGACGGUGCCAUCUGCCUUUGGGACGUGCUGACGGGCAGCAAGGUCAGUCACAUGUACGCCCACCGCGGGGACGUCACGUCCCUCACCUGCACCACGUCCUGCGUGAUCAGCAGCGGCUUGGACGACGUGAUCAGCAUCUGGGACCGGAGCUCGGGCAUCAAGCUCUACUCCAUCCAGCAGGAGCUGGGCUGCGGGGCCAGCCUGGGCGUGAUCUCCGAUAACCUGCUGGUGACGGGAGGCCAGGGCUGCGUCUCCUUCUGGGACAUCGGUUACGGCGACCUGCUGCAGACCGUCUACCUGGGCAAGAGCAACGAGUCGCAGCCCGCGCGGCAGAUCCUGGUGCUGGAGAACGCCGCCAUCGUCUGCAACUUCGGCAGCGAGCUCAGCCUCGUCUACGUGCCCUCGGUGCUGGAGAAGCUGGACUGAGACGAGGGGGGGCCGCGAGGCGGGGAGCGGGGGGGCCUGGGGCCCGCGGAGGAGGUGGGUGGUGGGUGCUGCGCCCCUCCGUCUCCUUCCGUGCUCGUAGCCUGGACUCUCAUCACCCACCUGGGGGCCCGAGCCCUGCUUCGCCUUCCCGCAGCUGCUGCACGGGCCCGGGGGUGGGGACGGGGGGGGCUGCGGGCUGGGGCCACCAUGGCUUUGAGGUGGGUUUUGGGGUGGGGGGGAAACGGCGCGCGGGGGAGCCUGCCUCUGCCCCCCCCCCCGGUGCCUGCUGCGCUGCCGUAGCCGAAGCGAGCCGCGUCCGAGCCGGCGGGAAGGGCAGGUGGGACCCCCCCCCCCCGGGGCGCUGGGCUUUGCCUCCGCGUGCCUUAGCGCCGAGGCCUGGCCCCCCCCCCCCAGCUGGCCCUGCCCCUCCCGGGCACCGUGCUGCAGCCGUUCCUGCCCUAUUUAUUUAUGUGCUGUAUAUAUUUAUUUAUUAUGGCAGGAGAGCGGGGGAGCGGCAGCCCCGCUGCGGCAGGCGCCGUGGGGCAGCCGCCAGCGCUCGGCCACCGCCAGGCUUGUUCCUUAGCCCCCUAGGCAGCAAUAGCACCUUCCUCCGCCUCCUCCUCCUCCUCCUCGCGCAGCGGGAGAGGAGCCUUUUCUCAGGAUUUCUGGGGGAGAAACACCCGGGGCAGGAGGGGCGAUGCCCUGCCCGGAGCGGGGAGGAGCGGGGCUGGCGCCCCGGGGCGGGGGGCAGCCGAAAGUGCCCCCACCGCAGCACGGAGCAGAGGCCCGGGCCUCCCCCCCACGCUCCCGUGCCCGUGGGGCUGGGCCCCCCCCGCCUCGCCCUCGGCGCCAGCCCCGGGCGGCUGACGGUGUCACCCACACGCGUGUCCUCGUUUGAGUGACCGACGCUGACGCCUGUUAGUUGAAGCCUGUUGAUUGUAGGGGCUGGAGGGGCCCUGCUGCAGUGGGGUGGGGGGGGGGCUGGAGGGGCUCCGGGGGGGCGCCCGCCCCAUGCCUCGGGUGGCCUUAGCCCUGCUGUACGCUUUGUACUGUACAGUGGAAGCUUUUUUUGUACCAGAUUGUGUUUUAUAACGUGUACAAAGACACAGUCAUUAAACAGAACUAACACAG